AUGGAACGUGAAAUAAAAGUAGUUAGUAUAUCUAUAGAAUCAGAAAUAGAAAAUUAUAUAUCUUUUACUUCAAAAAAUGAAAAUAAACUUGAUUCGGAAUACUACUUUAUAUAUGGAUUUGAGAUGUUGAAAAAACCUCCCUUAUAUGUUGUAAACUGUAUAAACAAGCAUUUAUCUAAAAUUAAUGUUGUCAAUAAACUUUUGGAAUUGCUAAAUACUUACUGUAAUAAGCUCUUGAUGUUUUUGACAAAUUUAAAUAUCUUGGACAAUAUCUGUUUACAAUCAUUUAGUAUAUACAAUAGGCGAUGCACAACAACAAAAUAUUGGACUCUUGUCUACUGUAUAUUUAAGAAUAUAAUAAACAGGUGUAAUAUAGAAGAGUUAUCCUUUAGUAAUGAAUUAAAUGAAUAUCUAAUUGGCUGUGGUGGAUCUUACUUAUAUGAUGAAGAAUCUCCAAUUUAUCUUAUUAUAACCAUACUUGUUCUUAUUCAUAUGGAUAAUGAAGAAAAUAUAAGUGAUUAUACUUUAUACAAUAAUAUAAUAAAUAUCGCAAAAAAUUACAAAGCUGAGAUUUCUACAAUAUCUAGUAACUUCAUAUCUAACAUCAAUUAUAAGCUAUUUAAUUUAUAUAUCAAAAAAUCUUUGUUGGCUAAUAAGGAGUAUUUAGAACUAGGGCAUAACAAUAUAAUUGAAGAAUUAAAUAGUAUAAACUUAUCAAUUAAUUAUCAGGAGGAUGAGAAACAAAUAGAUAUAUGUAGUGGAAAAGUGCAUAAUUCUGAUGUGCAAGGUAUUAAUUGGCAUGAUGGGAUAAGUUUGAAUAACGAAAAUGACUUAGAUAAUGAUGAUAUAGGGUUUGAAUACAAUGGAUUUCAAAUUUUUGAACAUAUAAUGUCACUAGAAACUUUAGAAUUACGUUUAGGAGCACUUUUAAAUGUAGUUACAAGCAAAAUAUCUAAGAAAGCUGAGGAUUUUGUUAUAGAAUCAGAUAAUCACUUUGAUACAACUUCAACUGAAAGUAAAUCCCUAAGGCAAUGCUUUGUAAAAAUUUGGAGAGAGCACUUGACACUUGGAAAAGAAUAUAUAAUAAUCAAAAGGAUUAUUUGUGAUGAAUAUAUACCUUGUUCAGAGUUUAGAGGUCAAUUAUUAUAUUAUUUAAUUGAUGAUAUAAGUGAAGAGAUUGUAUUUAUAAGUACAGUGACUCUUAUCUUUCAUCUUUGUAGAGAUAAAUUCGAUAUUUUAUAUAAUUUUGAAAAUUUUUGGUAUAAAAGCCUUACUAAUAACUUUAAUAUGCUUCAUAAAGAUACAGAUAAGAAAUAUAUACAUAUACUAAACUUUUAUAUGAAGUAUAGGCAAAUGGCUUGGAAUAAUUAUAUAUUGCCAAAUAUCAAAAAUCCUUCUCUGAAUAAUUCCAUUGAGUGUGUAAACAGUAUUUUGAUGUCUAUAUGCUUAGUAAAUAGCCAAGAUCAAGACUUUGGAGUACUAAUAAAUAAUGAGAUCGAUUUUAUAUCAACUGUUGUAUCUAAUAUCUGUUACUAUUUAGCAGUAGGGAUAUUUAAAUUUAGCCUAAAUUUAGAGAGAUGUGUAAUUCCAAUUUUUCAGAAUCAGAAUAAGGAGUUUGAGAUUGCAAACCCAUGUAGAUUGUUAAAAACAAUUAGAAGAAUAGCUGGGGAUAAUCGGACUAAGACUCUGGUAUUAUUUACACACUUAGCAACUCAAUUUGUCCAUCUUAAUUUCAUUAAAACAAAUUUGAAUUCUAGAAUGUCAAAGGAAGCUCAAUUUAGAUGGGAAAAUAUGGAAAAAUUAUUAUAUGGAAAGAUCAUAAAUACUCAGACUUGGAAUAAUCUAUUCAAUUACUCUUUACUAUAUGGUACACUUCCUAUUUGGAAUAUUUUAUUUUAUAAAGACAAUGAAUCAACUUAUUGUAACUUGGAGUAUAAUGAAUACAUAAAAAGUUUUAUUUCAGUAUUAAAAGCAGAUGCAAUAUAUCUAAGUUUUCUAGACUUUAUACCACGAUUAAGUUUAUGGUUGAAAGAUAAACCAGUAAAUGAAAAUUUACUAAAGUGGAGAAGCUACUAUUUUAACUUUACUAAGUAUAUAGUCAAUAUUUGUCAUAUUAUUGAUUAUUUAAAUAAACUUCAAGAUUACCAUUCAAUUCAAACUUUAUAUUACCAGUUCAUUGAUGUAACCAAAAUUAUAUAUAACCAAUGUAAAAAUCCUAGCAAAGAUUUUAAUGAAAAUAUUCCUUGCUUAAUCUAUUUAAUUGCUUAUAUGCUUCUAAAAACUUGCACAAAAUAUAUAAUAGAUUAUCAGGAAAUAGAAAGGAUUGUAAACCAGCUAAGAAGACCUGAAACAUUAAAUAGCAGCAAUAUUUAUUUUACAUGCCUUAAAGAUAAGUAA